UGCUGCCAUAGUUUUAUGGUAUAUCUCUGUACAGACUAUGAGCAAACUUAGGGACUGUUCCUAUGCAGGUGGUUUAAUGUUAAAAUGGAUGGCACUUGCAUAUAUAAGGCAAAACAAUGAAACUCAUGAGCAAUAUAUUUUGUUUUUACUUGAGACACCAACUCUAAUCAUUCCCAGUACUAGUCAGUAAGCGGCGCCUAUUACAGACACACUGAGCAACAUUUCACCUCCUGGCCACCAGGUGGCGCUAGUAACUAAGCGGUAGAGUUUAUAAAUACAACACGCGCUCGCUUUCCGGCCGGCAGGUGUCGCUCCAGCACACGGUUGACACUACAGCUCCCAGGGUGCCACGCGGGGCCGGAAAUUGGGAAGUUGUGGCAGGAUCUCGAGUCCGGGGCCCCCAGAGUGCCCAUACUGAGUUCCCUAUGUCGGGGUACUCGCUCCAUGACUGCCUGUCGCGGCUAGAGGCGGCUGUGGAGGACCCCGAGGGGCUAAGUCGCGCGCUCUGUUGCCUUCGAAGCCGCCAUGUGUCGCGGGCGGGAGGGGCCGAGCAGUUCCGGGAGAGCGGGGGGCUGAAGCUGCUGAUGUUACUGUUUACUGAGCCGCCGCGGGCAGCCGUUCUGGGAGCUUCCCGCCGUAACCUGGACCUAGCGCUCAGCCUACUGGCCAACUGCUGCCUCGAACCGGCCUGUCGGCUACAGGUGCAAGAACUCGGAGGGAUCCCGGUGCUGGUGUCUAUUCUCAAGUCCGUGUGUGUUGACUCCAUAUGGAACCGAGUAGCUCGAGCCCUGGGCAACCUGGCGUUGGAUGCCGAGAACAGUUCCAUCAUUCAUAAAUCAGGUGCCAUUUCCCCACUGAUAAACAUCUUGGAAAAUUCAAAGGAUCCUUUCUGCCUGCAGAGUUGCCUGCGUGCUUUGCGCAUCUUGGGGGGCUCCCCGGUGCAGCAUGUGUCUAUCUGUGAGCAGGGCGGCCUCUCUCCCUGUGUGUCUUUGCUCUCAUCUCCGUCCCCGGGGCUGGUGGAAGCCGCAGUUCGCUCAGUGUGUGAGCUGAGCCGAGGGAGUUCUCUGGACUGUGCGGAGAAGCUCAGUUCAGCCGUGCCAGUUUUGGUAGCCUUGGCUGGAAAGGAAGAUGCCAAACCUAAAACGCGUCAGGCUGCCAUCAGUACUCUGUGCAAUCUGUGUGGGCAGGGGGCAAUGAGGCCUAUUCUGGGCAAUGCUGGUGCCAUUCAGCUCCUUAUCACAGAAGCCCGUAACCACUGUGCAGCACCGUCCCGCUGUAUUCACCUGGUGAGAGCUCUCUGUCUCUGCUGCCGGGAAGCCGUCAAUCGCUGUCGUGUGAAGGAACAGGGUGGGCUUGAGCUUCUCAUGGAUUUUUUGAGAGACUCUCAGUAUCGAUCUACACACUAUGGAAUCACUGCCGCCUUCCUGCAUUUCUGCCAUGACACCUCUUCCCUGGCCUUGCUGAGUGCCAAAGGCCUGGCCUCUUUACUGGCAGAGAAACUGGAUGAUCUGGCCCUGGCCGCUGACGAUAGAGGGGAGUUGCAGGAAUUGCUCAAUGCUGUAGUUGAAGAAGAGGAUGCAGCAGCUGCUUCCUUUGAUUUCCCACCAGAGCCCAAGAGGAAGCGUCAGGGGUCAGAAAUCACAUCAGAGGAAAGUUUAAGGUCUUGGCUGCUUUCCGAGGGAUAUAUCUGUAGCCUGGAGGAUCUUGCCCCCGACUGGUGUUUGGACAGUGAAAACAAAUCCGAUGAUUCAGCUGCGCCCAGAUCCACAGACCUUUCUUCGCUCCCAACUGCUGCAUCUUCCUGUUCUGACGGGGACCAGUUUCUUUCGCCAAGGGUCAAACGGAUGAGACUCAACGGAAUUUCCCGACGGGAUCAAAGACCACCUCCUUCUCCUAAUACACCCAAAUUGUUGUCCUCCCCUACAUCUUUCAAGCCCUGCUUUUCUCCUGUGCAAGAGAUUCUGGGUUCUCCGUGGCCCCUUGAGCCCCGUACACCCCCUCCUUCAGAAUUUUGGGGCCCAGAGUUUCCAGGUCUCUUGCUCCUAUCAUGUUUUUCUCAGCUCCCAGAAUCCAGCCCCUGCCUGGUGUCUCCCACAGUCCUUGGUGCCUUGCUGACCUAUGUGACCUGCCAUCCACGUCCCUCCCCACGUGCUGCUCGUCUCCUGCAACGUUUGACUUGUGACCCGGCAUGCUUUGAAGCCUUCAUCCGGACAGGCGGCAUUUGUACCCUCAGAGCCAGACUGCUCCUUAGUGAGACACCAGGAAACAAAAGUGAAAGUAACAACCGGCACCCUGAACUGGCAAAAGAACUGGGUCAUGUACUGCUGCGAAAUCUGGGUAUUCAGGCCGAGUCUCCUUUUGGGGUGGGUGCUGUGACCCACAUGUUGCGUUCUGGGCCACAGAGUGACAGGCUCCAGUGUGCACUUACCUUGCCAUAUAUUUACAAGAAGGACUCCCCUCAGCGUGAGCAGCUACUUGAUGCGGCCCUGCACCUGGUACUGACUGCUCUGUUGCAGUGCACCGAUUCUGUAUUUCCAGUGUUUUUCUUCCACGCGUCUGAGUGUCUUUCCACAUUACUGACGCCACAAGCACUGGCUGCCCAGUCGCCUGCCUCUCUUGGCCCUUCCCAGCGCUGCCAUUACACAGAACUUGUGGCUCGAGGUGAGGGAGAUGUGGUCUUUGUGCUGGACGGAGGGGAGAAGAUAGUAGGGAGCAGAAAGGAGGUAACAGGGGGAUGUGAAGUGUUCAGGGCUAUGCUGGAAGGUGGAUAUGCCGAAUCUCGCCAGCGAGAGGUGUGUGUACGUCAGAUCCCUUCCUUUGCUUUCAUUCCUCUUCUUCAUUAUCUCCAUGGCUGCACAAAAGAGACUCUUUGCCCUACUUUUCAGGGUUUGCAGCAACCCUAUUCUGGCGGUGAUUUGACCCAGUCUCCCCUGGGAUCCACACUGGCUGCAGCUGGACGUUUCCUCCUGCCCGGUUUAGCGGACGUCCUGGAAGACAUAGCAAGGAAUUAUCUGCUUAGCUUGGACAGCCUUCCAUCUCUGUACUGCUUUGUAGAAAUGCACGAGAGUGCAAAUCUCAGAAGAGACUGUUGCCUGUAUUUGCUUAAGAGACCUCAUCCGCCUCGCCAAAGAGCACUCUGCCUUUUCCAGCUGUGCCAAAGAGCGCAAGACAAGAAAAGACUGUUUGAACUGAUUGAAGACAUUGUGCAAGAGGAAAGUCACACAAAAUAAAGUCACAUAAGAACAAGACAUGAGCUUCUCCUUCAUCCUCAAUGUCCUAAAAGCGCAGGCAUUAACGGGUCCGGUCAAGCAGUGGUGCUUUUCUAUGUGUGGUCGCAACAGGUGCCGGGUCUGUGCCAUACAAUGUGGCUGCAAUGGAGAGUACAGAGAUCCGCACUAGCAAUGCUACCUGUGUUACAAGAUUAGGUUCUCGCUAUUUUUGCACACACGCCACGGGUACAGCAUAUCUGCUUCAGCACUCUAGGGGAGUGAAUGUCAAAGGUUUUCGGUUCAAACCCCCCUUAAAAGGCCUAACUUUCAGAUCUCAUGUAGUUAUAGUCAUACUAUCCCAUUCUUUCACUUGUAUUCAGUAGCACCACUCCUCUCUACUCAGUUGCAUAUAUCAGCACUCCUCUCCACUCGCACAUUCAGCACCCCUCUUCCCUCAACCGCACAUAUGAGCACCCGUCUCCACUCACCUGCACAUUCAGCACCCCUCUCCACUCACCUGCACAUUCAGUACCCCUCUCCACUCACCUGCACAUUCAGUACCCCUCUCCACUCACAUGUACAUUCAGCACCCCUCUCCACUCACAUUCAGCACCCCUCUCCACUCACCCUCACAUUCAGUACCCCUUUUCACUCACCCUCACAUUCAGCACCCCUCUCCACUCACCUGCACAUUCAGUACCACUCACCUGCACAUUCACCACCCCUCUCCACUCACCUGCACAUUCACAUUCAGCACCCCAUUUCACUCACCCUCACAUUCAGCACCCCUUUUCACUCACCCUCACAUUCAGCACCCCUCUCCACUCACCUGCACAUUCAGUACCACUCACCUGCACAUUCAGCACCCCUCUCCACUCACCUGCACAUUCAGUACCACUCACCUGCACAUUCAGCACCCCUCUCCACUUACCUGCACAUUCAGCACCCCUCUCCACUCACCUGCAAUUCAGCACCCCUCUCCACUCACCUGCACAUUCAGCACCCCUCUCCAUUCUGCAGCCUUUUGAUUUCUGCUUGUUUAACUAAUUUACCCUCAUGCUUCACUACAGUUCCACUUACAGACAGCUGCCUCCAUGCCCCUAGCUGUACAUAGCUCUGCUUUUUGCUGUGCUACAUGUGUUUGGCUGUGUGAUGCUUAUUAAUUCACAUGGGUACAUCGGUUUGUUUUCAUAAUCUUCUGCUUCCUUUUAGCUGCACACGCUCUGUUCAGCUGUUACCUGCUCUGCACCCUUUUCACUUACCGUUAAGUGUAUAACUGUUUUGCCUUUUCUUCACAUAGUUUCACCACCAAUUCAAGUGCCGCACUGUAGCUGUAGUAGCUCCCAGUAUAAUCUUCUUGCCACAAUUGUGUUAUAAAUAUAUAUCAAUUAAACCCAAAUUUGUAUGGAAUGAACUGAUCAUAUAAUUAGGAUUUGUGUGUAUAUUAGAACGACGACCUUUUUCUGCAGGGUAGCUGCUGUUUAUAUUGCUCCUGGUGUUUCCUCUGUUACUGCUCACAGCCUGUGCCUGAUAUGGCCUCAUAUAAUACAACCACCUAUUAUUAUUUCUAAGUGCCUUCUAUCUGUAUGCAUGCAGAGGAUCCAGCGGGACACUUCUUGUAUUUCAUAUGCACUAUAUUAGACUUUGAUUCCUGAUUAUACCCUCGCUCUGGCACAAGUAAUGGCAAUUCAUUGAUAAAUAUUUGAAGGAAAAUCGGUAACCCUUUCCCCCUGGUGUCCCUUCUUCUCUGGUAGUGGUCGUAUCUGUGUAUGAUGCGAAUUUCAUACCAUCCUCACACUCAAGUUCAUGUUAUAUAAAUCACCCAGGAAUAGUAGGGUUAAUAUGAGGUGUGUCCCGAUUGACUAUAGACCGGGAGAUCUUGUCAGUAAAUGUAAAUAAACCAUACGAUGAAUGAA